GUCGGAAGUGCGGGCGCCGGAACAGGCCUACGGCUGAGUUGAGACGCUCCCGCGAGGGGACCUACGGAACGAACCUGCAGCCUGCAGCGCGGGGCCCUCGCCCGCACGUCGCGUUCCAGCCGAGCCAGACGCGCCGUCAUGAGGCCAGCGCGGCGGCGUUCCGCACAGCACUAUAAGAUUGAUAUUAAAGACAUGGUUUUCACCCCUCUUCAUCCACGCACAUAAGUUAUCUCCUCUUUUUGGACCCCUAUUUUAUACCACAAUGCAACAAGCUUUAGAACUAGCUUUGGAUCGUGCUGAGUAUGUCAUUGAAAGUGCCCGACAGAGACCUCCUAAAAGGAAAUACCUGUCUAGUGGAAGAAAAUCUGUAUUUCAAAAACUUUAUGACUUAUAUAUUGAAGAAUGUGAAAAAGAGCCUGAAGUUAAGAAAUUAAGAAGAAAUGUGAAUUUGUUAGAGAAGCUUGUUAUGCAAGAGACAUUGUCCUGUUUAGUGGUCAACCUAUACCCAGGAAAUGAGGGAUAUUCUCUGAUGCUCAGGGGAAAAAAUGGAUCAGAUUCUGAGACCAUUCGACUGCCUUAUGAAGAAGGAGAAUUGCUUGAAUACUUGGAUGCAGAAGAAUUACCUCCUAUUUUGGUUGAUCUCCUAGAAAAAUCUCAGGUUAAUAUUUUUCAUUGUGGAUGUGUCAUAGCAGAAAUACGUGACUACAGGCAGUCCAGUAAUAUGAAGUCUCCUGGUUACCAAAGUAGGCAUAUUCUCUUACGACCAACAAUGCAGACUUUGAUCUGUGAUGUACAUUCAAUAACAAGCGAUAACCACAAAUGGACCCAGGAAGAUAAACUUUUGCUUGAGAGCCAACUGAUCCUAGCUACAGCAGAACCAUUGUGUCUUGAUCCUUCUAUAGCAGUAACCUGCACUGCAAACAGACUGCUUUAUAAUAAGCAAAAGAUGAACACGCGCCCAAUGAAACGGUGUUUCAAGAGGUAUUCCAGGUCUUCUCUGAACCGGCAACAGGAUCUGUCUCAUUGUCCGCCUCCUCCACAGCUAAAAUUACUUGAUUUCUUACAAAAAAGGAAGGAAAGAAAAGCAGGUCAACAUUAUGACCUCAAGAUAUCCAAAGCAGGAAAUUGUGUAGAUAUGUGGAAGCGGAGUCCCUGUAAUUUGGCCAUACCUUCUGAAGUGGAUGUGGAGAAAUACGCUAAAGUGGAAAAGUCCAUCAAAUCUGAUGACUCACAACCAACAGUCUGGCCAGCCCAUGAUGUAAAAGAUGAUUAUGUAUUUGAAUGUGAAGCUGGUAAUCAGUAUCAGAAAACAAAGCUGACCAUUUUGCAGUCACUUGGUGAUCCACUUUACUAUGGUAAAAUACAGCCAUGUAAAGAAGAUGAAGAAAAUGACAGCCAGGUGUCUCCAUCCCAGUUUAUUAUUGGAUCAAAGACUGAUGCUGAGAGGGUAGUCAAUCAAUACCAGGAAUUGGUCCAGAAUGAAGCCAAAUGCCCAGUCAAAAUGUCACACAGCUCCAGUGGCUCAGCCAGCUUGAGUCAGCUUUCUCCAGGGAAAGAAACAGAACAGCCCGAGACUGUGUCAGUUCAGUCAUCAGUAUUGGGAAAGGGAGUAAAACAUCGACCUCCACCCAUCAAACUUCCCUCAAGCUCAGGAAGUAGUUCUUCAGGUAACUAUUUUACACCACAGCAGGCCAGCAGCUUUCUUAAAUCUCCAACUCCUCCUCCUGCUUCCAAGCCACCAAGUCUUUCUCGGAAGUCAUCUGUGGAUCUCAAUCAAGUUAGCAUGCUUUCUCCAGCUGCCCUGUCACCUGCCAGCUCAUCACAAAGAUCUGGAACUCCUAAGCCAUCUACUCCUACACCAACCCCUUCAUCGACCCCACACCCUCCUGAUGCUCAGAGCUCAACUCCUAUUACCCCUUCAGCCACCCUUACUCCCCAAGAUUCAGGCUUCACCCCUCAGCCCACUUUGUUAACUCAGUUUGCUCAGCAGCAAAGGUCUCUGAGCCAGGCAAUGCCUGUAACGACCAUUCCUCUUUCCACCAUGGUAACAUCCAUAACUACAGGAACCACGGCCACCCAGGUCAUGGCAAACUCUGCUGGACUUAACUUCAUCAAUGUAGUGGGCUCUGUUUGUGGAGCUCAGGCUUUGAUGAGUGGUUCAAACCCUAUGCUGGGCUGUAACACUGGUGCCAUAACUCCUGCAGGAAUAAACCUGAGUGGCCUUCUACCCUCAGGCGGUCUGCUACCAAAUGCAUUGCCCGGUGCAAUGCAGGCAGCUUCUCAAGCAGGUGUUCCAUUUGGUUUAAAAAAUACUUCAAAUCUCAGGCCCUUAAAUCUACUCCAGCUUCCAGGUGGUUCACUCAUUUUUAACACUCUACAGCAGCAACAGCAGCAGCUCUCUCAGUUUACACCACAGCAGCCUCAGCAACCUACAACUUCUAGUCCACAACAGCCAGGGGAUCAGGGUUCUGAACAAGGUUCAGCCAGUCAAGAACAGGCCUUAUCUGCUCAGCACGCUGCUGUUAUUAACCUUGCUGGAGUGGGAAGUUUUAUGCAAUCACAGGCAGCUGCAGUUGCGAUUCUUGCAGCAUCAAAUGGCUAUGGCAGCAGCAGCAGCACAAACAGCUCAGCUACAUCGUCAUCGGCAUACAGGCAGCCAGUCAAAAAGUAAAAUGAAGAGAGGCACGCCAACCACUCCAAAAUUCUGAGUCUUGCUUUUCUUUUUUUUUUUUCUCUUUUUAAAACCAUAAGAGCAUUGAAUCAAAGGAUUCUGAGUUUCUACUUCAUUUUUUGGUUUUGUUUUUUUAAAUGUGUCAGUAUUUUACAUUGCUAGAUGUACAAACUUUAUACAAAAGCACAACCCUAUGAUUUUUAAUUAAAAACAGGGAGAUGGUUUAACAAACCAUUAGGGUUGGUUUGCCUAAGUCAUUGCUUUUUAAAAAUGGUUUCACUGUACAUACUACAUAUGGAAGUGACCUAAGAAAUACUAGAAACAUCUUUCUGAAGAAUGUAGUUUGAUAUUUAUUUAGUAUAAAAGGUUUGUGC